AUGGAUGUGGUGAACGUCCUCAUCGAACAUGGUGCCUCAGUGCUGGUCAAAUCUAAGCGAAGUAACCCGACUCCACGGGACCUCUUGAAAGCCCAGAGACGGCACGUGCAGGAGACUAGGAAGCGCUCUCGGCCUUCGCCAACACCUCAGAGCUCGUGUCCUGGUGCCGCAGCAAGGAGCCGAUUCGCCAUCUUCGAAUGGCAGACGGAAAAUAGUAUGCACGAGCCCAUCAUAGACAAGUCGCAGCACAGUACUGUGGUGGAAAAUGAGGAUUACUGGGUGUGCGAGUCUGUGAAGGACUGCGCCAAGCGCUUGCGACGUUCAGAAAGAGAGUUUGCAGUGGACCACGCCAACCUGCAUUCAGAAAUGCCUUGGUGCGAAACCCUCACUACAAAGGACGCAGCAACUCUAGUGGGUGUGGUAGUGGAUGACAAGGCGGAGGACAAGCAUGUGGCGUGUGUUGAGGAGCUGGCAAGCGCUUUGAAGCCCUCCUCGUUCACGUUAACUGCAGUAUCACAAACGACAAACAUGGAUGUGUAUUCGAAAUAUGAAGAGCAGGAGCUCACGAUCGGGCAGGUGAAGGUUGACCGCGGGCACCAGGGCAAAGGCUUAGGCGGCCUAUUGCUUCAGGGGUAA